AUGGAGGCUGAUUGUCCAAGAUGUCAACAAGAAGAAGAGACCACCAUGCAUCUUAUUCUUCAAUGUCCAUUUGCAAAAGCUGUAUGGUUUGCUUCCUCAGUUUCACUUCAUUCUGAUAUUAUGAUCCAUGAAAGCUUCGUUGAUUGGCUUGAACAAUGGUUUUUUAAGUCCAAACAAAUGAAUGAUUUUGACAAAAUUGAUUCUAUUGUGGCCUUUAUUAGCUGGGAGUUAUGGAAAUCAAGGAACUCUUUCAUCUUCAAAAACAACAAAGAAUUUACUCAACAAGUGGUUGAUGCAAGGAAGCAUCGAAGUUCUAUCAAUGCUGUCAUUAGAGAUGAUGCUGGUAACUUUAUUGCAGGUUCCAUCUAUUCUGAUAAUUCAACUAACAUGUUACAGCUUGAGGCAAGAGCAAUUAAAAAUGGCAUGCUUCUUGCUAUUAAAACAGGAAUUGAUCGUCUUGUUAUCGAAUCGGACAGCGUAGAGACAUAUUUGUCAUUCAACCAAUACAGUAGCUCCUUCUAUGGCCAACUUUGGGCUAAAAAUCAUUGUUGA